CCCAUACUUCAUCCUCUGCCUUGCGCUGUGUGUCCAGGUACCCUCCUGGCUGGAUGGCUGGGCUCUGCCCCAGCAGCCUUAACCUUGUCCUUGUCUUGCAGCUGGCCUUGCUGAACUUCUUUCACCCCGAAGAGAAGCUGCACGUUGGAGAAGGGAGACGUGUCCGCCGGAACAAGAGGAGUAAGGGCAGCGAGGGGCCAGAUGGUCCGAGUUCAGUUAAAAACAAGAAAAAGGGUAAGAAGGCCGGUCCUCCGGGGCCCAAUGGUCCCCAAGGGCCACCAGGCCCCCCCGGGCCCCAGGGCCCACCUGGCAUUCCCGGCAUCCCCGGGAUUCCCGGGACCACUGUGAUGGGACCACCCGGCCCCCCGGGCCCACCAGGCCCUCAGGGGCCCCCAGGGCUGCAGGGCCCCUCAGGUGCCACGGACAAGGCCGGCCCCCGAGACACCCAGCCAGCUGUGGUCCACCUGCAAGGCCAAGGCUCAGCCAUCCAAGUGAAGAAUGGUGGAGUCCUCAAUGACUGGUCUCGCAUCACUAUGAACCCCAAGGUGUUUAAGCUGCAUGCCCGCAGUGGGGAGCUGGAGGUACUGGUGGACGGCACAUACUUCAUCUAUAGUCAGGUAGAAGUAUACUACAUAAACUUCACAGAUUUUGCCAGCUAUGAGGUGGUGGUAGAUGAAAAACCCUUUCUGCAAUGCACUCGGAGUAUUGAGACCGGCAAGACCAACUUCAAUACCUGCUACACAGCCGGGGUCUGCCUCCUCAAAGCCAGGCAGAAGAUCGCUGUGAAAAUGGUCCACGCUGACAUCUCCAUCAACAUGAGCAAGCACACAACUUUCUUCGGGGCCAUCCGCCUAGGAGAUGCGCCAGCGUCCUAGAUGAACUUGGCACAUCCGAGGAUACUCACAGAACUGCACCGUGCUGCUGUUCAUAAGCGUAUCAGUAUUUCAGGGGGUUCUGUAAUCCGGCCAUAAAGAAAACUGAUCCAGAGCUAUUUAUUCCUAUAUGUGAAUGCAGGAAGCACAAUGUCUUCUGUGACUUGCACGGAGACUUGGAUCAAAAAGCUAGCUGAAAAAGCGUGGUGAGGAAGAAAGGCUGUUGUGUCCGCCUUGUCUCAGUAUUUCAAGUAUUACUGCACUGAUAUUCUGCUCUGUGAUCUUCACGUGGGGCUUGUUGGGUGUGACGUGGGUCUCUGCUUUUAUGUUGCACUAGCACGAGCAUCAUCCCAGGCAGGAGCAGGAGAGACCCCUGCCAGGCGGCCCUACCUGGCGCUCCUGCUUCUGCCCGCUGAUGAGAGCAAGGAGCGGGGGUUUCUGGUUUCCUGCCUUCUCAGUUCUAACUGGAGCGAUGCGCGGCGCGAGAGGAGCUGGGUAAGAGUCAGCGGUGUUUGCGUUCAUCCUCAGGAGGGGGAGAAAGGAGAGCAAAGUGCCUCAGCCAGAGCUGGGAAGCGGGCUGCGAGAGCAGCGCGGCGGAGGGGAAGGUGGGUGCUUAACAGAGCAGGCUUAGCACAUGGAGAGCUGCCUCCGCAUUCCAGAAAUCACAAAGUCCCAAAGAGAAAGACAAUUCCGGUUCCAGAGCCUCUGCUACUUCCAGCUCCUGCCGUUACCCCCGGGGGGACGCGCUGCCCCGGCGGGGGCUGCCCUCACCCACUGCUGCUGUCACAGCUGCCGGUGGUUUGGUUUUCAUUUGGGGGUUGGGCUUUUUUUUUUUUUUUUCUUUUUUUAAUUUUUUUUAAUUUUUGGUGUCUUUUUAAUUAAUAUUUUGCAAACCAGAACACUUUUCUACGGGCUUCCCGGAGCCACGCAGAGCAGACACAAGUACUUGUGAAAACACUCUGAAGAAGUUUGUCGUGUUUAAGAAUAAAAUAUUCAAACAGGAAA